AUGACAGUGUAUCGACUCAUUGUUCACAAUGAAUUUAACAAACACUACUUCAUGGGCAGUGACAUCGCCCUGUUGCAACUGCAUCUGUCUGUGAACUUUACAUCCCACAUUCUUCCUGCCUGCCUCCCAGGGCCAACCACGAAGCUACCCCUUCACAGCAGCUGCUGGAUAACAGGCUGGGGAAUGAUCACUGAGGGUGAUUUCCUGGCUCCACCAUUCCAGCUGCAAGAAGGAGAAGUUGGCAUUAUUGACAGUGAGGUCUGUAAAAUGUAUUUCCAAUUGCCAGACUCCAGCAGCAGUGAAUAUUCUAUACACGAGGAUAUGUUUUGUGCUGGGGACCUCAUGACAGGAAAGUCCAUCUGCCAAGGAGAUUCUGGGGGCCCCCUGGUCUGCAAGCUGAACAGUAGUACUUGGUUUCUGAUGGGACUGUCUAGCUGGAGCCAGGCCUGCCACUACCCCAUAAGUCCCAGCGUCUUCACCAGGAUCACCUACUUCUCCAACUGGAUCAGUGAGAAGCAGAGCACCUCGCCCAAUCCCCAUCCUUCAUUGGCUCCUCCUCAGGAAAAACCUCCUAUUUUGAGUGACUUCACUUCUCUGGGCAUGGUCCACAAGCCCACCACCUGCAUAACCCUUGUGUCUUCACAGACCUUCCUUCUGCUGCUGAUUUCCCUAAGGACACUGUGA